CCCUCCCGGAUUAGGGUUUUCCACGGAGAGGCGCAGCACCGGAAGCCAGCCGCCUUCCCCGUCGAGGCGCAUCAAAGAUGCCGAAGCAGAUUCACGAGAUUAAGGAUUUCCUUCUCACCGCGAGAAGGAAGGAUGCACGGUCGGUGAGGAUAAAGAGGAGAAAGGAUGUGGUCAAGUUCAAAGUCCGCUGUGCCAAGUACCUCUACACACUUUGCGUGUUCGACCCCGAGAAGGCAGACAAGCUGAAGCAGUCUCUUCCGCCAGGUUUAAGCGUCCAGGAAGUCUGAAGACGAAGUUUCAAUUUUGCAGUCUGUUGCUUUAGCUUUCAAGCAGAAGCAGUUUGUUUCGACAUGUAAGGUUUUAAUUCGGUGAAUCGCUUCUGUUCCAACUUUGAAUGGAAUUAGUGCGAGUGUUAGUGCUUCGAAACAUAACGAAUGAUAUGAUAUGUUAUGCUCUGAUCUUUUUUA